AUGCAGGGCUCAGGCGUCAUUGAUGCUCUUGCGAAAAACCCGGACUGGAAAAUCCGAGGCCUUCCACGAAACACCAACAGCGAAAAGGCAAAGGCACUAGUUAAUCGUGGCAUCGAGAUGGUAGCCGCCAACUUGGACGAUGAAAAGAGUCUCAUUGAGGCAUUCAAUGGUGUCAACGCCGUCUUUGCUGUUAGAGACUUCUACGAAUCUUUCGUGACAGGGAUCGGUCCGGAAAAGGCCAUGGAAAUCGACACCCUACCCGCUGCGAGUGACUUGACCAACAGCGAGGCGAAGGUUCCGCAUUUUGAUGCCAAGGGGGCUAUCGAAGCAUAUAUCAAGAAGGAUCCGGUCUUGAACGCCAAGACAAUCGUUCUUUUGACGGGAUUUUAUGCGUCUAAUUUUAACUAUCCGCCAUUUACCCCCAUUUACUUGUUCUGGGAAAGUGCUGAACCUCCAAGGAUGUGGGGAACAGUCGGGGAGGGCGAUGUUAUGAUUGAUUCUCGUGAUCUUGAGGGAGUCAAGAAUCGUUUGGUUAGCGCAGAGGACGCUUGGAGACGGGCUGGUUGGAGUCAGUGUUAA